CCCCCAGCACCAGCUUGCAAUGCUGGUGCCUGGAGCUGCCCCUGUUGGUAGGAAAGGGAAGGAUGCUCAGAGGCACAGAGACUUAAACAUUCACAGUUCAGCGUGAGCAACAGCGGUUCCCAUUUGGGCCCCUGGUGUGUCCAGACGAGAACCAGAGCUCUGCAGGCCUCAUUCUCAGUGUGCCCGCUCCAGCCCAGCCUCCAGUCAAGCAUAUCAAGGCCUGCGGCGUUCCAAGCCAGGCUCAGCUAGUGUCUCUCAUUGGGGCCCCUCUGCCCUGCCUCCUCGCCCAGCCACAGCUGCUUCUGCCCACACCUCACACAGCCCUGCCCCCAGCUGUAUCACCUGGCAUUCCCAGCCUGGUCCCACAGUCCCCAGGGUUCUCUGGGCCCGGCCACCAUCUGGCUCGGGACCUUUCCCCUUUUCUGGGCUGGGGACAGCCGGGUGCAGUGGGAAGGAGGCUGCUGCGAGCAGUAGGUCCCUGCUGGGCAGAUCCGUCACAGACAGAAACCAGACAAAGCCGGGGCGGAAGAGGAAGCAGCUCGCCCACGGUGGCACAAUAGGUUAGCAGCAGGGCCAAGAGCAGCACCCAGGGCUCGGACUCCUCGUCCUUGGCCAUUGGAGCACACAGCCUCCCACUCUGGACCCUGGGUGCUAGACAUGUCUCUGUCACCUUCCUCCGGAGCUAUAUUGAGCUGUGGUUCACUGGAUCCGGGGGUGGCACGCCCAACCGCUGCAUGUCCUAGGCAGACAGCCCUAUAAAAGCAGCCCAGGGAGGCAGAUCCAGCCAGAAGGCUCCUCUGCAGCUGAUUCCUGCUCACCGGCCCCAGCAGGACCCUCCUCCAUUUCACCAUGGCAAAGGCAGCUGGGCUUGUCUGCACACUUCUCCUACUGGAUUUGUUCUGCUGCCAGAGCCUGGCUCAGAGAGGCUCUGCUGUGCCGGAGAAGUGCUGCUUCAGAUUCCAGAAAACGAAGCUCAAGAGAGACAACACCAUCAGCUGUUACCCCACUAGUCCAGUGUGCCCUCAGCCAGCCGUGAUAUUCAAAAUGAAAGAAGGCCAGGAGAUCUGUGCCAAGCCUGACAGACCCUGGGUGAAAGAAUACCAGAAAUUUCUCUCCUCGGCUAGUAAAGCCUGAAGGCCACUGGGAGACGAGCCAGGAGCUCCUGGUCACAGGCGCAGCUCACUUGCUGCGCACAUGUUUCGUGGCACAAGGGAAUCCACUUUAAGCUUCAUGUAGCAAGCAUGUUCCUGUCUCCUAUCUGCAAUUAUAAUCACCCUCUGCUGUGCUGAAUGCUGGUUCAUAGCUGUGGUUAUUCUGAAAUGGUGCCUUGAGAGAAUGAAGGGAUAGGGGCCCUGUAAUGGGGAGGGGGCUGUUGUCCCAGAUGUCAGUCCCAUGAUGGAAGUCAUCUAGUAGCAACCUCUAGGAUCAAAAUGUUCUUCACUCAAGGAUUUCCACUGCCUCUCUUUACCCCUCCACGGAGUCACCUUCCUGAGGUUUCAGCUACAAAGCACCUUCUGCUGAGAUGUCCC